AUGGCAGUCAGUAGAGCGCAGACCACCGUCAAGGCCAAUGUCAACGAAAAGAAAUUCACACUCAUAGUAAAUGAUCCAGAUCAGCCCAAAAUAGAAGGGGUUCUUCCCUUGACCAGGCCCCAUCCCUCCACCAAGUUUGCGGCCCUCGCCUCCGACGCUGCCACUCCUGCUGUCCACCACCGUCACCAUCGCUGUGACCGGAGGGGAGUCAAGCAGCGAGGCGUUCUGCUGUUCACCUCGUUCAACAUGUUUCGAAACCCCUGGAUCUCUAGUUAUCAUGUGAACCAUGUGCAGCCCUGUGGCCAAGGAUUUGGAUCUAAAGCUCCAGCCAAACUUUGCACCUCAGCCUCGUUACCAACAAACGCCUUAAGUUUUCAGAGUGACUUCUCCUUUGGUGACAAGACCACCUUGGUCAAGAGUGUUUCAGACACAGAUGCCAAACUUCUGGUUGUCCUUCCCAAGGUUUCAGAGUUGAAGAAAUACUUUGAGAGAGGUGAUUUGAGAGAGGAUUUGGGAAUGAACAGGAAGGAGAGGAUAGCCCGGCGCCUGGAGGGGAUUGAAAGUGAUGCUCCUCCUGCUCUGGUGCCUGGUGGUUUGGUAGCACACAGAAUGCUGGAGGAGGAUCCACCACGAUACACCCGUGCUUCAGACCCCUGUGACCCUUGUGUGAUGGGAGACCCUGAGACCUCUGGUCGACAGACAACUGCCAGGCGAGACAAAAACAGACAAGAAGCAGAGGAACCAGGGCAGGAUCCCAAGGUGCCAUACCGCUCUGGCGUGGGCAGGGUUUACAUGAGGACUCAUCCAGAUCCAGAACUUGUUAACACAUCAAGCCCCGCCCACACAAACCAAGCUCCUCACCCCACACAAGAAAGAUCGAGCAGAUUUUCGGAGCGGGAAAGAGUGAAGAACAUGGAGAACAACCUGCGUGGACGUACUCAAGAGCGCUCAGCUACUUCAAGAACCAGAACCCAGGAACAGCAUCUGCUGCAGCCCCAACAACAACAAAACCCCCAACACCAUCAAGAUGCUUCCCACCAGGAGCCAAGCCCCGCCUCUACUAGGGACUACAGCAUUGCAGCAAUGCCCAACUCUCCUCGCACUGCCCGCAGGGCCUCCCUGCCCUCCACUCGCUACGGCAUCUCACCUGGAGAUUUAUUCAUAGAGCAGCAGGCCCAGAGCAUCCUCAACAGGCAGGGAAUCCGAGCAAGGGAACGAUUGUCCAGGGAUGAAACUGUCCAGAGAUCCCCUGACUGGAGUCCAGACAAGCACCAGGCUAACAGACACCGUACUCAGGGGAACACUGCUCAGUAUAUGCCCCAGCAUUCAGAAUCCACUCAACAAAGGACUUUUCACCAGCCUCAGCCCAGCCCAGGCCACCAUCCUGCCCAUGGCCAAACAGCCUACUCUUCCUCUGCCCCUGAGUACCAACAAUCUGGCCCCGCAGUGGACUCUCAGCCCUAUUUGGCCAUGCCUGCCCCAGUGGCCACUGCCAAACUUCCUGGACCUCCUGAGGUACAACCACGAAGGAGAGUGAGUGCCGACCAAAUAUAUGCUGCCCACAAGGAGGCAAGAUUAGAGGCCAGGCAGGCUCUGAAGGAUGAGGCCCAUACAGAGGGCCUGCUGAAGAGCAGGAAAGCUGUGUUGCCCUCGGAGAUCCGCCGAAGGGAAAGGAGCGUGGAUGAUACUCAUAGGGGCCGGCAUGAAGAUAUGGACUGGCAAAACUACAGCCCAGAACAGAGGAGGAGGAGUCGAGGAGAGGAAGACUGGGAUUGGGAGAGACUGAAGGAGAGGGGGAGGGAGAGAAAUGUCGUGAGGACCAGAGAGAGGGGGAGAGAGCAUCUAUCCAGCCAUGACAUCCAAGAAGAGAGAGUAUUUAGAUCAAUGCAGCCUUCUCACUCGUCUCUACGCCAGCAGCCGAGGCAGCAUCAAUCCUCAGAGCCUGUGUACCAUCAAGAGCCCCAAAUUCAGCAUCAAGAGCCCCCAACUCAACAGCAGUAUGAACCCAGAAAGAGACAACAUAGUGUUCAGAUUCAGCAGCAAGAUCCUCAAAGUCAGCAUCAGUAUGAACACUCGGGGCAGCCACAAGAGCCUCAAAGACAAAAACAUUCUCAAAGAAAGCAGGAGUGUGAAAUCCAAAGGCAAGAACCUCCAAGUCAGCAGCAAGACUUCCAGAGAAAACAACAAGAUCCCCAACUAGACGAGGAGUCUGUACCUCAGAGGCAACAGCAGCAGGAUCCUUCAGGGCAUCAGAGGUUUGACUCGGCUGUCUACCUCCAGAGGGGCUCCUCUUUGCCCCAGGCCAAACCGAGAGCCAUGGAGAUGAGUGGAGGGCCCAAACCCAAAAUACGAACCCGCUCCAUGUCAGAUAUAGGUAUAAGUCAGCAUUCUGCCAUGUUUCGUAUGGAGAGGGCAGCAGCCAGUAGAGAGACAUCCAGGGCCAUUCCUUCUUCAGGGAUGGCAAACGGGGAGAUGGGCACCCUGGACACCAGGGUGUCAGUAGCUCAGCUGCGCCACUCUUAUCUGGAGAAUGCCAACCGGAAACCUGAGUUCGAGACUACUAAAGUAGAUCUCUCAGCAAUGGAGGUAGAUCCAGCUAGCAGCAGUGAUCGAGACAGGGGUGUUCGGAGGCCUCGACGCUACAUCACUCCAGGAGACAGUCGGAUGUCGGAGAGGUUUAGGACCCAGCCCAUUACCUCUGCAGAGCGUUUGGAGUCCGAUAGGUCACGUCUAAGCCCAUCGCAGCUACAGGAUGCUGAGAUAGAUGAAGAGAAGCUCGAUGAAAGAGCCAAGAUGAGUGUGGCUGCCAAGAGGUCUCUCUUCAGGGAGCUGGAGAGGACAUUAGAAGGAGGUGUUCCCAAACCGCGCUCUCGAAAUGCUGCCGUAGAAAGACGUCUGAGAAAAGUUCAGGACCGAUCACACACACAACCCGUCACCGACAAGGAGGUGGUCAAUGCUUCAAGCCCCACUGUAGUGAAAACCAAUGUGACUAGCAUCAGCAUUCAGGCCUCCUCCCAGCCAGGCUCAAUAGUCCAGGAACAGCAGAAGGACACCCAGGAACACCAGAAACCAGCUCAAGCUUCUAGCGCUGGGGCGGAAGGAGAUGGCCAGGAACCUGUCCCGGACGAGCCCGACCUGUCCACCCUCAGCUUGGCGGAGAAGAUGGCCCUCUUCAACCGCCUUGCUCAGUCUACUGGCAAGACCACUGAAGGGGCCCGAGGGGACACCCGCCAACGCAGGGCCAAUGCCCGUUUUCAGACCCAGCCCAUCACUCAAGGAGAGGUGGAGCAGCUGAAAAACGGAGGCGAGAUCAAAGUGGAGCCCUUGUCAGCUUCCCUGGUUCGAUCUGUGGCAGCAGUCACCUCCCAAGCAUCUGUCACCACGGUAACCAUGACACCAGGCAGCAGCGUUGUUGGCGAUGAUGGGCUCCAUCCAGGGAAGACCACCGCCACCCCCUACAUCCCUGCCCAACAACAGGAUUCCGGCACCACGAGCGGCCACCAGGAGAGGGCGCUGAGGUAUUUCUCCAUGACCCAGAGCGGGGCCCCAGGCCACCCUGAGCCCGAGCUCAACACCUCCCCUCUCCUCUCUGAGAGCCGAGAGAGAGUGGGGGCUCCUGCUGCUCCCGCUUCCUCCGCUGGUGACAGGCAGCAGGGGGAGGCCGUGGAGGAGGGCUGGAGAGAGCAGCAAGAGGAGGAGGUAAGGGGGCGACAGCAGGGAGGAGCCACAGAAGACAGCCAAGGCGGCAGGAUUAAGGGGAAGCCACACUCUCCCGACAGGGACUGGGACAGCCGGCAGCAGCAGCAUCCCCCGCCUCAGCACUCCGCCGAGCCCUCUUUGUGGAGGGGCGAGUCAGAGCCUCUGUCCAGCUGGAGAGCCGCAGACGGAGACUCCCAGGAGCGCAGGGAGAGAGCAGAGGGAGGAAGAAGAGGAAGAGGAGGCUACCUGAGAGAGACGGCAGCAGAUCACAGCUCCUCCACACAGGCGCAGGAGAGGAGCAGCGGCCGGAGCCAGGCAGGCAUCUCAGACUUGCUGGAUCAUCCUGCACCACUGAGGCCCCUGAUAGCUAAGGUGUCAUCCAGGACAGUGUCUCACGUGUCAAGCAGCCAUCAGCAGCAGCUUAAUGUCCUCCAGCCUCCUCAAGCUCUUCCUAAAACCGUCACACAGCAGCCUCCUCCAACCCAGCACAAACCCCCGCCGACGUAUCAGAAACCUUUCACCCAGUCCCCUCAAACCCAGCCCAAACCUCAGGGAUUUGUCCAGCCUCUCCCCAAGCCUUUUCCACAGACAGCCCCCCAGCCUCAGUCCAAACCUCAGGUGCCUCCGCAGACACCACCCAAACCCCAGUCCUUCCCCAAGGCCCUGGUCAAAUCCCAGUCCCUGCCCCUGGACCACAGCGAGGACUUUAGCAGGACCAGUGUCCAUUCUGGAGAUCUGCUGUCCCCCGCAGAGUCUGGGGACCAACUCUCUGACGGCAUGUCCACCAAACAGAUGUCUAUCAAGGAGAGAGUGGCGCUGCUGAAGAAGAGUGGUGAGGAGGACUGGAGGAACAGGAUCAACAAGAAACAGGAAGUGGUUAAAGUGGCGUCUGCUGAGCAGCAGGAUCAGCUAUGGGAGACAGAGCAGACCAGUCACAAGAAGGAGGAAGGGGUCGUUGUUCAAGACUACUCUGCUGUGUCUGUGUCUGAACAGCUGUGGGAACCUGUCUUCUCCUCCACCUUUUCUCCUCCUAUCUCACUUGGCCAAAAGUGUCAGUAUAUUGACCAUCACAGUCAGAAGAUGGGAGAGGAGAUUGAGGCUCAGAUGACCAUUGAGGAGCGGAAACAGAUGAUUUCGACUCGUGAGGAUGCCUGGAAGUCAAGGGGCAAAGGAGCAGCCAAUGACUCCACCCAGUACACAGUGGCUGCACGUAUGGUCAAGAAAGGCAUUGCAGCCUCGUCCUCAGUUAUCAGCCCCAUCCUGUCACCAGUCUCCACCAAACUCAAGAGCAACACGCCCGCUGUCAGCAAACCACAAGAGGAAAUUGAGGCUCGACAAGACAUGGAAUCGGAUAAGAAGCUAGACAAGUUGGAGACCUUCUUAGGACGUCUCAACAGCAAAGUGGCAGGUCUGCAGGAAACCACCAUAACAGUGACUGAGAAGGCGGUGAAGGAAGUCAUGAAGCUGGAUGACGAAAUCUUCUCCAAGUUUUACCGACGCGUCGCUGAACUUCCACGAAUGCCCACCCGGAUCGAGAUCAGCGAGGACUUUGAUACCAUCUUCGGUUCUCAGGGUCCCAAGUUAACCUCGGCCAUGGUGCAGCACAGGCUGUCGGUGCGUCCGUCCAGGAACGUCCCGUCGUCCAGAAACCCCCUGAGGAUGCUGGCAGCCAGGGAGGACAUCAGACACGAGUACACCGAGCAGAGGCUGAAUGUGGCGCAGCUGGAGAGCAAGAGGAUGAAGGCCGAGAAGAGUGAGUCGAGCAAAACAUCGGAGUACUCCGAGGCUGCCCUGGCGGGUCUGGCCAGUAAGGAGAACUUCAGCAGCGUGAAUCUGCGCAGCGUCAACGUCUCGGAGCAGGUGUCCAACAACAGCGCCGUGCCGCAUAAGAAUCUCAUGCUGAUGCAGGUCAAAGGUCGUCGUCACGUUCAGACCCGAUUAGUGGAGCCGAGGGCGUCAUCCCUCAACAGCGGCGACUGCUUCCUGUUGGUCACUCCAGAGCACUGCUUCGUCUGGAUAGGAGAGUUCUCGAAUGUGAUCGAGAAGGCUAAGGCGAUAGAUUUGGCCACCUUCAUCCAGAUGAAGAAGGACAUGGGCUGCAGGGCGAACCAGGUGCAGACCAUCGAGGAAGGGGUUAACCCGCAGGGCCCAGACAGCCAGCAGUUCUGGACCGUCCUAGGAGGACAGACGGCUUACCAACCUGCGGGUCCACCAGAGGAGGAUGAGCAGUUUGAGAAUGCCAUCGUGGAAACCAACUGUAUCUUCAGACUGCUGGAUGACAAGCUGGUUCCUGAUGAUGAUGAGUGGGGGAAGGUCCCUCACAGCUCUCUGCUGGCGUCCAAGGAGGUGUUGGUGUUUGACUUUGGCAGCGAGGUGUACGUGUGGCACGGUAAGGAGGUGACUCUGGCCCAGAGGAAGGUGGCCUUCCAGCUCGCCAAGCACCUCUGGAACGGGACGUUCGACUACACCUGCUGCGACAUCAACCCACUGGACCCCGGGGGCUGCAACACACUCAUACCCAGAAAGGGCCAGGGCCGCCCUGACUGGGCGAUAUUUGGCAGGCUGACAGAGCACAACGAGACGAUCUUGUUCAAGGAGAAGUUCAUGGACUGGACCGAGGCAAAACUGCUGACACAGAAGGAAGGCGGCGAGCCCGUACCUGAGCAGAAGGAGGCCCCGGGGCGAGAGUGCCGGCCUUACAACGCCACCCUGAUGCUACCCGUCCUCCAGUCGUCCAUUUCCACCAUCUUGGACGGCGUAAACGUGGGCCGCGGCUACGGCCCGGUGGAGACUGAGGACCACAUGAGGACUCAGGAGAUCGGCACAGUGUCGGUGGACGUCUGGCACAUCCUGGAGUUCGACUACAGCCGCCUCCCACGCCAGAGCAUCGGCCAGUUCCACGAGGGAGACGCCUACGUGGUCAAGUGGAAGUUCAUGGUCAGCACCUCAGUUGGUCGUAGGCAGAACCCUGAGGCGAGGAGUACUGGACCAGGGAAGGAGAAAUGCUGCUAUUUCUUCUGGCAGGGCCGACACUCCACCGUCAGCGAGAAAGGAACGUCAGCGCUGAUGACGGUGGAGCUGGACGAGGAGAGAGGGGCACAGGUCCAGGUGCAGCAGGGGAAGGAGCCUCCGUGUUUCCUACAGUGCUUCAACGGGGGGAUGAUCGUCCACGCGGGCAAAAGGGAGGAGGAGGAGGAGGAAGAGGAGGAGAACACUCAGAGCGAGUGGCGCCUGUACUGUGUGCGGGGCGAGGUGCCGGUGGAGGGCCACCUGCUGGAGGUGGCGUGCCACAGCAGCAGCCUGCGCUCCAGAGCCUCCAUGAUCCUGCUCAACAUCAACAAGGCCAUCAUCUACCUGUGGCACGGCUGCAAGACGCAGCUACACACUCGCAGCGUGGGAAACACGGCUGCACUCAAGAUCAAAGAACAGUGUCCUCUGGAAGCAGGUCUCCACAGCAGCAGUAAGGUGACCAUCCAUGAGUGUGAUGAGGGAGUGGAGCCUCCGGGGUUCUGGGAGGCUCUGGGCAGAAAGGACAGGAAGCCUUACGACUGCAUGCUGCAAGAUCCUGGUAAAUUCAACUUCACCCCGCGGCUCUUCCAGCUGAGCAGCACAUCUGGAGAAUUUGUGGCGAACGAAUUCUUCCACCUGUCCAGAGCUCCAGACCUGGUCAGCUCGCUGCCUUUCCUGCAGGAGGACCUGUACAACGUACCACAACCUGCGUUGUUCCUGGUGGAUAACUUCCACGAGGUUUACCUGUGGCAGGGCUGGUGGCCUCAGGACAGUGAGAGCACCGGCUCGGCUCGCAUCCGCUGGGACGCCGACAGGAAGUGUGCCAUGGAGACUGUGCUGCUGUACUGCAAAGAGAAAAACGAGAAAAAGCCUCAGAAGUCUUAUUUGAUCCACGCCGGUCUGGAGCCGCUCACCUUCACCAACAUGUUUCCUAGCUGGGAGCACAGGGAGGACGUGGCUGAGAUCACCGAGAGGGAGGCGGAGGUGUGUAAUCAGAUCAUCCUGGUGGAGGACGUGUUGGCCCGGCUCUGUCAGAACACCUUCCCUCUGGCUCAGCUGCAGGCCCGGCCGCUCCCCGAGGGAGUCGACCCGCUCCGCCUGGAGAUCUACCUGUCCGAUCAGGACUUUGAGAAAGGUUUGGAAAUGAAGAGAGAGGAAUAUGAACGUCUGCCAGGGUGGAAGCAAGUGAAUUUAAAGAAGGCCAAAGGACUGUUUUAAGGAAGUUUUUAAUUGAAGACGGCACGUGGAGCUGUAUAGAGAGUGGACAGCUGAGAUGGGGAUACAGGAAAUGUCACACGAAGCUGUUUUAGUGGUAACGCGUGAGGACACGGGAUAGAAAUCCACAGUGUCCUGAAGAGGGAACCUGAAUCUGAAGAAAACCUACAUGAAGGAUGAGACCGGAGAUGCGCUCGCCUUGCUUGUGGUCAUGUUUUACUUCUCAACCUUGUCAUUACGUAACAAAAUUAAACUCCAGCGGUUUAACUGAAGGUGAAAAACACCUUGCUUCGGUCCAUACAUGGUGUGUAUUCGGAGUCGUCUCCAAGCACUAAAGUCACCGCUCAUGGACUCGUGAAAGAAAACACAAGGACGCCCGGUGUCAGAGUGCCAUGCUAUGGUGGUGUAUGUAUGUGUGUGCGAUUGUAUAUAAUGUUUGUAAGCGCGUGUAAUGUUUCUUUGCGUAAAUGUGUGUGUAGGCUGUGCGUUGGUGACUUUGUAUCUAUGUAAAAAAUCCUGUCAUGUCAGAUGUUGUGAGGAAAGUUGUCUUUUUUUUUUUCUUUUCUUUUUUUUUUUCUGUCUACAGUGUCUGGAUGCUGUCAGGCCACGCAGGUAACUCAUGUUGCUCGACUGUGUUAAACUGCUGAGGUGACUCUGGUGCACUGAGCUCCUGAUAGCAGAGCGAAGGGGGUUGUAAUCGAAAGGCUUGACCUUAAUGGGAAGAGAAACAGCGGCUUGAUGAAUCUGAAUGUAUAGUGCCUUGCUUUUUGUGUACAGUUUAUAUACAGAAAUUCUAGUCUGCAUUUUUAAAGACUUUCUUUGUGAUAUAAGACAUAGUGAAU